UUAAGGGUAUGCGGCAACAAGCACCGAGCUCUAUGUCUAUCCAGCUAUUUGUUCUCGAUACAUGUAGUCUCGACGCGUACUUGAAGACCGGACAUUUACUUUGGAUUCUUCACUGAGAGUUUAAGAUUCUGGACUGGGUAUAAUCUCAGCUUUUGUUCGCUCUUUCACCUAAUUUAUUCUCCUGAUGCCACCAUGCCUAUCUUUCUCAGUGUUUGGCGUGCCAGGAUCGGCACGUACAUGCGCCGUAAGCAGAAAGUAUAUGACUACUUCUACUACCUGAGGAUGUAUGUUUAUGGUCUUAAAAUAAUUGAAAAGGCGAAGAAAGCAGCUGAACACUCAAAAGAAAAUGAAAAAGGCAAUCGCCACAAAUCGUCUUUUAAUGGCUCUUCAACUGGUGAAAAUGGCAAAACUGGUAACGCAUCAUGUCGCCAACCUCCGCCUUCUAACGACGUAAACCUGAAACCCGCCCAAACUGAAUCUUCAGGUGACCGUGGCGUCAAUAGUGGCAAAGUUGAAGCAUGUUCUCAGUCAAGUUACGUCGUGGACAAUGGCUCUUCUUGUCAUACCAAAGGCCCAGAUCACAUCGCUCAGGAUAGAUCUAAGUGUGCCGCUGGUCGUACACUUGCAACACAUCCAACAAGUUCAACCAAGAAGAGAUCCACUCCUGUCGCUGAUCCUUCUAACACCAAGGUUCCAGAGCCUUGUGACAUUGAUGAGUUGGACAUGAGAUACAUCACCAUUCAUGGCGUAUCACAUGCUAGCCUAUGCGAUUCAACUCAAUUAAGUGAACCGGACCAACCUGGUGUCACAUCGGAGGUAUACUCACAAGUAGCUAGACACAACACUGGCCAUCAAGACGUCUGCAAGCAGGACAAGGAGAAACCAAACCCGUUUACGUCAGAGAUAGAUGACCAAUCUGCACCUAUUUCUGAACUGGAUACGUCUAGCAAUACUGAAUUCACAUGGUGUACGAGGUCUCCUGAUGCCACCAUGCCUGUCUCUCUCAGUGUUUGGCGUGCCAGGAUCGGCACGUACAUGCGCCGUAAGCAGAAAGUAUAUGACUACUUCUACUACCUGAGGAGGUAUGUUUAUGGUCUUAAAUUAAUUGAAAAGGCAAAGAAAGCAGCUGAACACUCAAAAGAAAAUGGCAAAGGCAAUCGCCACAAAUCGUCUUUCAAUGGCUCUUCAACUGGUGAAAAUGGCAAAACUAGUAACGCAUCAUGUCGCCAACCUCCGCCUUCUACCGAUGUAAAACCAAAUCCCACCAAAACUGAAUCUCCAAGUGACCGUAAGGUUAAAGGUAGCAAAGUCGAAGCAUGUUCUCAGAACAGUUACGUUGUGGACAUUGGCUCUUCGUGCCAUACCAAAAGUCCCGAUAAGAUCGCUCAAGAUAUGUCUUUGAGUGCUGAUGACCGUACUCUUUCAACAUGUUCAACCUGUUCAACAGAACAGGAAUCCGUUCCUGCCCCGGAGCCUGCCACGCCCUGUGACGUAGACGACGAGCUGGACCUGAGAUACAUAACCAUUCAUAGUACAUCACCUGUAAACCUCUGCAAGUCAACUCAAGCAAAUAAACCAGACCAACCAGACGGCACAUCGGAGGUACAUGUAGCUACAUCUGUCACUGGUCAUGAAGAUGGCAGUAAUCAUGAGGAGACAUCAAAUCUUUUACCGUCGGGAGCAGCUGCAGAUGACCAAUCUUUGACUAGAUCUGAACCUGAACACACACCAUCGAGACGCAAGGUCGCAGAGCAUCACGGAACACCAAUCUUUGUAGGCAGUAUAUCUUAUUCACUCUGUGGAGAAGCAGAUGAAAUCAAGAGGAAGUGCAAUGCUGUUGUGACCAAUGUGCUCCUACUGAGGUCUGGUGACGUGGAGCCAAACCCAGGGCCAGAUACCAACCCUGGGGAUCUAACUGAGUUCGAACUCAUUCUCCUUGCUGACGGUAUGGAUCCAUCAGAUUUUAGGAAGGUCGGACUAGCUCUAGGAUUCACUGAGGCUCAACUAAGUCGGUUUGAGAGAGAUAACAUUGGCAACACAAUGCAAGCUACCUAUAAGAUGCUUUACGAAUGGCUGAAGACAGUAAAGCAUCAAGAAGCGAGGGAAAUACUGUCCAAGAAGUUAAAAGGCAACAAUCUGGUACAACUGGCCGACAGUGUACAAAAAGGCCAGGUCGGUGAUCACAUAUUAUCAAUGACAGAAGAGGAAGUCCAACGGGUCAUCAAAGAGGUCAAAGAAUAUUCUGCACUUCAUCACUGUCAGAUUCAAGCCGAUCCACUGAACAGCAGCCUUCUGUUUCAAUUAGACCGGAUCUUCACCAACUUAACGUUGUUGGAAGAAGACAAAGGAACAACUUUAAAGGCACCGAUACUAUACGCAGACCUGCUCAAGACUAAAGUCAACGGAGUCCUUCCUAAACGUUUGUUGGUUGAAGGUGAAGGUGGUGUGGGGAAGACAACUCUCUGUGCAAAGAUCGUUUGGGACUGGAUUCAGGGAGCAGGUUAUCAAGAUUUCACAUUGGUUCUUAUCGUCCUUCUACGUGAAUUGGAGGGUAAGACUCUUGGAGAGAUAAUAAAGUCUUAUCUCCCAGACGACAAUAUGGUUACAGCCAUGCAGCUAAAUAAGCACGUCUUCUCCCAUCAGAAAGACGUCUUUCUUGUUCUGGACGGCCUAGACGAGUUAGCUGGUGAUCUUAACAACUCUCAUCAAAUCGCUCUUAUCAUCCUCAAUCAGCUGUUUAAGUCGGGGAGAGUGCUAAUCACAUCUAGAAGAUGGCGAUCAGAUGAGAUACGGAGGAAAUCGGAUCUUAGAAAGGUGUAUGCAUUCAUCGCCGUGGAGGGUUUCUCUGAUGAAAAUCUCUCUUCCUACGUCACAAAGUUCUUCCAUCCAGACAAAACUCCAGCUGAGGGGUUGACCCAAUUCAUAUCAAACAACGAUGUCAUCAGAGAGAACAUGGCCCCUUACCCCAUAUACACAGCUAUGCUAUGUAUCAUGUGGAAAGAAUUCGAUGGAGCGCGUCGCAUAGCAAUGUCGAAAUUACAAACAUUUUCUCAGCUCAUUAAUGAGAUGGUCCAAUUCUUGGUCGAUCAUUAUCUCUCAAAGCUCGGUCUGUCCGCAAUAGACAAGGAAUGGCGUGUACAGCGUGCAGAAAUACUUCUCCAUCUAUCCAACAUCGGUUGUCUUGCCUUCCAGGGGCUCAUGGAAAGGCGAUUGGUGUUCACUGAACAAGAGUUCAAGAGCUGGCCCGGGUGUGUGACAAUAGGUUGUCAAGUUGGAGUACUCACUAAACAAGCACCGAUCCUUCAGAGGAAAAGCAGAAUGUAUCAUGCACAUUCCGCAGACUCAUCUGUGCAGUUUCCCCAUAAGCUGUUUCAGGAGUAUCUAUCAGGGAUGUAUCUGGCAUCUCUUCACAACUCAAACAGAAGCGAGUACGACAGGUUGAUGAAGGAUAUAGUCGGAAAUGCACGUGAAUUCCGCGAGCUUCUGUACUUCACUUCUGCUCAGAAAAAGGAGGUCGGAUUGGAUAUCGUAUCUCAACUUACCUCGGAUACCGGAUUCGAUGAUAACUUCUUUGAUGACUCAGAUGUCGAGUUCUAUGACGGAUUCCACAAGCUUGAUCAGAACCAACGCAUCAACGAAAAUUUCAUUGUUGACGUAGCAUAUGAGAGUCAAGACCAAGCAGUGGCCAAAGCUGUGGCCGAUCAUCUAUCAACUUCAUCCAGCAACACACUUGUAAUCGAGGAAGAGAUGCAGGCACACACGGUAUCAGGACAUAUCUUCAUCAUGAAUCAUCGUAAAGUGGAAAAACUGGUAAUUGAAAAGCCAUGUGGACGGACUGCUUCAGAGGACCUGGCUGAAUUCAUGUGCUCCUCAAACACCCUGAGAUCUGUGACAAUAAGUAUCACUGGACGCCGAGGGGAUGCACAUAUUCAUGUUUUCUACUCGGUGCUUGCUCGUGACGCCAGUAAAAUGAAGAUUGAGCGUCUUGAUAUCAAUUACAUUGAUCUCAGUCAACGUCAGUCUGCAUCUUGUGAUCUCGCUCAGUUCAUUUGUAAGAUGCCUCAUCUCAGAGAACUUCGUCUCGGUGAUGAAUAUAGAAACAUCAGUCCUUCGCUUCAUGACGAGUUCUAUUCAACUUUGUCAUCAUUAGCAUCGUGUGCAAAGAUUGAGCGUCUUGAUAUCAAUUACAUUGAUCUCAGUCAACGUCAGUUCGCAUCACGUGAUCUCGCUCAGUUCAUUUGUAAGCUGCCUCAUCUCAGGGAACUUUACCUCGGUAAUCAACACCCCAGUCCCUCAUUACAUGACGAGUUCUAUUCAACGGUAUCAUCCUUAGCAUCGUCUGCAAAGAUUGAGCGUCUUGAUAUCAAUUACAUUGAUCUCAGUCAACGUCAGUUUGCAUCACGUGAUCUCGCUCAGUUUAUUUGUAAGCUGCCUCAUCUCAGGGAACUUUGUCUCGGUGAUGAAAUCUACAGUCCCUCAUUUCAUGACGAGUUCUAUUCAACGGUAUCAUCCUUAGCAUCGUCUGCAAAGAUUGAGCGUCUUGAUAUCAAGUACAUUCAUCUCAGUCAACGUCAGUUCGCAUCACGUGAUCUCGCUCAGUUUAUUUGUAAGCUGCCUCAUCUCAGGGAACUUUGUCUCGGUGGUGAACUCUACAUUACCUCAUUUCAUGACGAGUUCUAUUCAACGUUAUCAUCCUUAGCAUCGUCUGCAAAGAUUGAGAUUCUUCAUCACGAUGAUGAUCUCAGUGAACGUCCGUCUGCAUCACGUGAUCUCGCUCUGUUCAUCUGUACGAUGAAUCAUCUGAAGAACCUCACACUCGACGAUCAGUAUCAUGAUGACUUCUACUCAACAGCAUCGUCGAUGGCAUCAACUACAAAGAUUGAGACUCUUCACCACAAUGAUGAUCUCAUUCAAUGUCCAUCUGCAUCACGUGAUCUCGCUCAUUUCAUCUGUAAGAUGAAUCAUCUGAAGAACGUCACUCUCUACGGUCAGUAUCAUGAUGACUUCUACUCAACAGCAUCAUCGAUGGCAUCAACUACAAAGAUUGAGAUUCUUCAUCACAAUGAUGAUUUCAGUGAACGUCCGUCUGCAACACGUGAUCUCGCUCUGUUCAUCUGUAAGAUGAAUCAUCUGAAGAACCUCACACUCGACGGUUAUUAUCAUGAUGACUUCUACUCAACAGCAUCGUCGAUGGCAUCAACUACAAAGAUUGAGAUUCUUCAUCACUAUGAGGAUCUCAGUGAACGUCCGUCUGCAUCACGUGAUCUCGCUCUGUUCAUCUGUAAGAUGAAUCAUCUGAAGAACCUCACACUCUACGGUCAGUAUCAUGAUGACUUCUACUCAACAGCAUCGUCGAUGGCAUCAACUGCGAAGGAUGAAUGCAACACCAGCUCAACUGUGACUGAUCUGACCAUCAGUGAUGAGACACUAGAAGGAUGGCAGUGUUGUGGAUCGAUGUUUGACAAUGUGAAGAGGAUCACCAUACAGGUAUGGGGCAAGAUGAGAUGUGACGUCAUCCAGAGGAUCCAUCUACCAGCAGCGACAGAGCUCACCAUUCAAACAGAUGAGUUUGGUGAGGAACCGGCUUCUCUCCACGGUGAUCCCACUUCACUACCCAAUGCACUUCGCAAGGUCUCAUUUCAGCUUUUCAAGGUCACUUUCACAGAUCUCAAACUCGGUAACGAGCAGGCCGAACGCAUCAUUCAAGCUUUCAGAUCGACACACGAUCUCAAAUAUCUGAGGAUCCUAAGAUUCAUACGAUGUGGGACUGAUGAGAGAUUAGAUUCUUCUAGUAUUGAUUCCGAUGAUGAACAUAGGAUAAAGGUGGAGAUAGUACAUGGCAAACCAGUGGGUGAGAACUUUUGAAGAUGAGGUUGCGGCAUCAAGGUCAUGACGAAUCAGACGAGCUUAAUAUUUAUGGAUCGUAGCCAACAAGAAGCCAUGAGUUAUUUUAUUUCGGAGUACCAUAAUUGGAACAGAUUUACUGAUAAUGAAGAUCCCACACCUCAACCAUUUCUUAAUAUGUCGGUUAAAUCAUGGACCUAUUAGACAUUCAACGCUAUCAUUUCUUUGAUCGAACGAGAUCCGCCGCCCAAUGAUAAUGUGCAUCUUAACGAGAACAUACAGGUAUUUUGACAAUAGCGACUACCAGGGCGUAUCUCAUUAUUUUCAAAGCACAACUUUACUGGUUUUAGUAAUGUUGGCUGAUGCCCUGUGUUAGAGAAUGCUUUUCAGUCAACAUGCUUUAGAUUUGAAGCAGCAAAUUUAGGAAGCAGCCGAUUUUGUGAAUAAAAUAUAUUAUCAUCUUUAUCUGCACACUUCCUUACGAACAUAAUGACCUCAGUAAAAUUGAGAGAUAAACGCUCUCAAUAUGAGCCAUGCAAAAUUUUCUUGAAUAUUAGGAGG